UAGCCAUGGCAUCCCCACUAGUUUCUCUGCUCCUCAUCGGAACUUGUUGCCUGGCCCUCGUCGAGCAAUCUGGUGCCGAGUGCUGCACCUCCAGGGAGGAGGUGACCUUUAAAAUGGACCGGGGAGAGUGCGAGGAUGUUGGAGGAUCUGGGUACAAUCCCCACAGGUGCGAAAUCACCAUUUGCGCCGAUGGAGUGAAGAAGGUGGGCACAUAUUGCGGCCAGGCAUCGUGCAACAUUUUCGGCUGCAACUGCGAUGGCGGAUGUCUGAGGGGCGAGUGGACCCAGAGCUUCGUGCAAAGGAACAGGGACUACGGAAUCGAAAUCCUCGAGGUCGUGAGGAUCCCCCUUUAAAGUUGAAGUUAUGUAUGAACACAUGUACCAUCUUCAAAAAUUUACCAAUUAAAUUUGGCAAUAAAAGUGCACAGUAAAUAUAUAAAUAAAGUUGU